GGACGCUAUGAUUGAAUAAUGAAUCCCUUCUUACUAAGUCGAAUGCAUCCUGUGUAAAGUAUAUGCAAUAUGACACUCUUCUUGUCUUCCCUUGUGUGCAUGCAGGCAGUGGAAUUGAAUUUGGAUGAGGAAACUCUGAUGCGACUUGUGCCUUUCGCAAGGUCAUCCCUUUCCAAGGCGUCUUCUGAUUGGAAUAAGCCAAUAUUCUUUGAGCGUUUCGAGGUGAAUCCAAUCAUGAUCAUUGCAAGCUUCGACCCUCGACCUUCUCGUGCGGAGGGAUAUUCCUCCAGACAACAAGCGCUACGAACUCUUCUCCACUCUGUGAUCAAGAUACCAGCAGUCAAGGGGACAACAGUGAAACUGAAUGGAGUUCUUCUACAGCAUGCACUUCUGUCAUACAAUCAGCUGGUCAUGAAAUGUGCCCAGCAUUACUCCUGGUAUGCGAUGAAGGCAGCUUACGUCGCGAGAGGGGUGGAGCUCUUACCACCGGCAUUUGCUUCGCUCUUUGAUGAUUCCGCGUCGAUCUCAAUUGAUGCAUUCUUCGAUCCAUCACAAGGGUUUGUUGACGCGAAAAAUUUUGCUAUGGGUAUGUUUAGCGUAUUGCGAAAAGGACUUCGGCUGAAAGGCUUUGCGGGGACGCAACGAUACCUCGGCGAACUUGAAGGAACGAUGCGCCAGGCAGGCUCAAACAUUCUAUAUGCUAUCAUCACCGAAGUAUCCGACAACAUUCUCAAGGGUGCUGAAACUCAUGGUUUGGAAGGAAUGAUGCGGGGAUUCCGGAGAGGACUCUUGAGCGUUGCUAUGCGCCCGUAUGUUCUGAAAAAUGCUGUUGUGAGGGGCAGUGGGACAAAGCGAAUCCAGCUCGAUAAAAGCCUUGGCACAGAUGAGGUCUAUGUGGAAGGCUAUCUCCAAGCAAUGGUGGAUGUUCUGUUUAGGCAGGAGUAUCUUCGCAUAAAAGUCUCAAAUGAUCAGGUGAUCCUCAAGAAUCUACCACCGAACAGCACUUUAUCGGAGGAGAUCGUGGGCGCAGUUAGGGCCUUUCUGACCAAAGAAGGCCUCUUGCAGGGGCAGACUUCUGCAGCAGCUGCGAAUGUGCUGCGGCGAUUGCGAGGAGAAAAUGAGGCCAAUCUUGCGCGAGCGGUGUUCUCCAUGUCGGAACAGUUGCUGACGAUCCUCGCUGUUCGCACUUUGAAGAGGAAAAUCUUGCAGCUUUUCAAGAUCCAGCAACGGCAAGAGCCAGAACUACAGCGCCAACCGUCUUUCCCAACAGAAAGCGAAGACAGUGUACUAGUGCCCAGCACAGCCGGUCAGCGGGGUGGGGGCUUCAGAGGUGCUGCUCGCAACAUGAUCCUGUCGAGUGUCUUUGCGUACCUGGAUGGCCGACUCUGUCGCAACAUCCCCAAUCCCUUCGUCCGGCGGAUCGUCAGCGGUCUGUUUGAACCGCUGGCAAGAAGGGGUGAUCAACAGAGUGAAAAGCUUGGUGGUGUGGAAGCCUCAUGUGACAAGAGGUGGACAUUCGCACACAUUGAGUAGGGGAGGUGAGGAGGGGCACAGGUUGUGGGCAAUCCAGCUGCAUGUGGAGUGGAAGGACCUGCAGGCCUUGAUGGGAAAUAUCGACAAUACCCCUACUGCUCUACACUAUUCCACCUUUUCUCCCCGUGAGCAGUAAGACUCGUCUUUUCUAUUGGGGAGAAAAGGCAGGUGAGGAGCAGGAGGAAGUCUCCACCUGUGAUAGAUACUGUCGUCUUCACCUGGAUAGAGUGCCCGGUCAUUUUCGCUGCAUCUGCACUGAAAGUUUGCCCCAAAUACAGCUUUAAUGACCGGGCAUUCUUUUCGGGUGAAGGCGGUAGGCAUCCAUCAUGGACGGAUGACUUGGCUUUUCGAUUUGUCGCGAAUCGCUCAUUCGUUCCGAGUUAGAUAAAAAAUCGAAAAGGCUUGUUUACAGGCACGGCUUUUGGAAGUACUGGUGUUUUACGCAUCAACGUCGUCAGUAUUUGCCGCCAGCGCAACUCGAUGUUCUGCGCCCCUUUCUCAUCAUCCCCUUCUGUAGCUGCCAGGUACUGUCAAAGUGGUUGGUCUGAACAUUUUGUUGCUAUAGCCACAAGCUGGUGUCUUUAGAAUUUGCUAUUUUUGUUACACUUCUGACUUUUCACUGUUUUCAGUCUUCUUGACGGAUUGCUAUACUUGAAAGUUGAAAGCCCAUAUCAGUAGCAUUAUACAGAUUAGAGCGGAGAACCAGAAUAACUGUAAUUUACUGAUUUGAACUGUGAAGUCAUUUCACAAAGUUAUGUGUAAGUUCUUUCUAGGUGCAGCAUAGUACUGUACUUACUUGGCUGUCAAUCCAGUCAGAUGCCGCAGAAUUCUGCAGAGUAGUACAGACCUUGAUUGAAAUUCGAAACGCGCGCUAUGCAUUUCAAAUUUCCUACGUUGUAAUUGGCAUAUAUCGAUGGCGAGCCACAAGUCGUGCGUUUGAGAUGGGAAGCAUUGCGCAGAAUAAUCACAGCUGCAGUCCUUCGUGCCCCGCAGUUACCUUUUCUACAGAAUCCAUGACCUAAGCCGGUCACCUUUUCUACAGAAUCCAUGACCUAAGCCGGUCAAGUACUGGUUGGUUAACAUGUCAUGCAGUGUUUUGCGCUUCAGGCAGGGUUCUCCGAGCAUCUUCGUGCAUGUGCUAUGCUUUGCGUGGCUGGCAGGACGAGAGCUUCAAAACGAAAACAGAAGACGAGAGCAAGAUCAGUCAAUCGGAAGAUAGGCAGCCAGCCAGCCUCAUGUCACGCAGUGCUCGUGUGGGUCGGAAGAUCAGUCGGGUUUGCAUGCACAGCUGGCAUGAUGAGUCUGAUGACAAACUUUUAUGGGAGAGCUCUGAAAUAUGCAACAGAACACGAGAGCAGGGUCGGUGGAUCGGCAGAUAGCCAGCCCAGCGUAAAGUUGAAAUGGUGCUUUUCUUUUGCAUGGUGCUCUUGAUUUCACUGCGUCUUCAUUGUUCACAUGGAAUACGCCGGAGGGAGAGAGGUUGAGGCUAUAUCAGCGCGGCUACCAGAUUAGACACAAAAGAUUGGACAUCCAUGCUCCCAAGUGUAGCACUGCUAACGCUGCUAACAUUGUUUUUUUUAAGAGGAAAGACUAAUAGUAUAUAUAUUUUUUAAUAGGAAAGACUGAAUGCUGCUAAGUUGAUUGAGUCGGAAAGAUUACGAAGAUUGCUUUUAAAGUGUAAACCACCUGUACUCGGACCAUACAUUGGCUGCAGGCCCCUCACGUUAACGUGCCGCGACUUUAGGGGACGGUAGGCCAUUGAUAAAUCUCAUCAAUGGCC